GAACCAUCAUCUCGUUACCAAGGCAAUGUUGCGAAAUCUGAGGAGGGCAGUAUUUCGCCUUGUCGCGAUUACACUGCCGCUCCUCGAAAAGACGAAGAAGAAACAACCGAGCUUCUUUUCAUCUUCAUUUCUGAACAAGAACCGAACGCACCGAAGCAACAAUACUAUCCUUCUCAUCAUUUCUAUACUGGAGUAAAACGCCAUGAGUUAAAUCUUGGUGUCCGGAUGAACUCGUCUCGGUGCUCGUUGACGUUUUUCGACCUUGCUUAGCUUAGUUUAGCUAGCUUGGUUUAGCUUGCUAGCCGCUUCACAAAGAGUCGCGUUUGUUGACAUAUCGCGAAGCAGAGAGCAAGAGUGAGUGUAAAGGCUUGUGAUUACCGCGUGAAAAUGUGCGCCAAUCGUGUGAAAGAAGAAGAGUGCGAGGAGGCACUUUCUGCAACAAAAGUACACGAGCGACAACGUCAACUACUGGACGCUGUUACCAAGAGGCCUCCAAAUUUGUUACACGAAACAGAUGGCGCUGAAAAAUAUCUUCGUCCUGAGCAUCAAAAGCCAGAGAACGCUUACGCUCAAGAGGAAGAGGAGUGUGCGCACCUCCGCAUUAAAGAGGAAGAGCAGGAGGCUGAUAUCGGGCAUCUACCAUUGGCCUCUGUCUCUUUCAAGAGUGAAGAUGACGAAGACGAAGGUCAGCAUGAGAAGAACAGAGGGGUGCAGUCUCCAAGCAGCAGCUCGAGUCCACACGUGACAGCCAAAGGGGAUGGAGAGCACUGCGGAGGAGCCCAAGCAGACAGACUGUUAGCACCGCUAUCAGAUAGUGACGACAUAACUUCGCACUCCUCUGACACCGAUGAUGAACACGCUCAAGGUGAAAGAACAUAUCGUGAUAAGAAGAAACACUGGAAAUGUUGUCACUGUGACAAAAGGUUUGUUUUCAAGUCCGUUUUAAAGAUUCACAUGAUGAGCCACACUGGAGAGAAACCGUUUGUCUGCUCAAUUUGCGGCAAAAGAUUCUCUCGUAGACAAAAUAUGACAACGCACACACGAAUCCAUACCGGAGAGAAACCUUUUGUCUGCUCAGUUUGUGGUAAAGGGUUCUCUCGUAGACAGUCUAUGACAACGCACACAAGAAUACAUACCGGGGAGAAACCUUUUUCCUGCUCCAUGUGUGGUAAAGGAUUCACUGAACAGAGACAUUUGAAAACACACACAAGAACACACACUGGAGAGAAACCAUUUGAAUGCACGGUUUGUGGUAAAAGGUACUUUGUCAAGAAAAGUCUCAUGAACCACAAAAUAUCACACACUGGAGAGAAACCAUUUCAAUGUCCAGUAUGCAGUAAAAGAUUCACCCAGAAGGGAUAUUUAAUGUUACACAUAAGAGCGCACAGUGGAGAAAAACCCUUUGCCUGCUCUGAUUGUGGCAAAAGAUUCUAUCUCGGGAGAGAUUUAAGAAAGCACAUGAGAACCCACACUGGAGAAAAACCUUUUGGCUGCUCUUUUUGUGGAAAAAGAUUCACCGAAAAGGGAAAUUUGGUGCUACACACGAGAACGCACACCGGAGAGAAACCUUUUGACUGUUCUGUUUGCGGUAAAAGAUUCUCUGAAAGGGGAAAUUUAAUAUUACACAUAAGAACUCACACUGGAGAGAAGCCUAUCGCCUGCUUAGUUUGUGGUAAAAGAUUCUCUCACAAGGGACAUUUAAGAAGACACACAAGGACCCACACUGGAGAUAAACCAUUUGACUGCUCAGUUUGCGGGAAGAGAUUUUCCGAUAAGGGAAAUUUAAGAAGGCACACAAGAACCCAUACUGGAGACAAAUCUUUUGCCUGAUCAUUUAGCUGUAAAAGAUUCACCGACUGAGGACAAUUUGGAACACACACAGAAAAGAUUUUCAAGAUCACCCACUUGCGAGAGCCCAUUCGUUUUCAGCGCGUGCGAUAAAAUAUUCUCUGCAAAUGAUCACGUUAAGGGGCACAAAUGCCUACAAUGAAGCUCUAAUUACAUUUGAAAGAAACAGACUUUUUGUGGUAACACAUAAAAGUCUGCUUGUGACCCUGAAUAAAGUACAAGGUGUCAAGGAAUGA